CCAGAGGCGCGGGCGGCGGGAGCGCCGCGGGCCGCGACCGCCGGGAGCGACCCCCGAUCCGCCCGGCACCGCCAGGCCCUCUUCGGCCCCGGCAUGUUCGCGGACAGGACGGCACCCGGUGCCGACGUGCAGUCGCUGUGGAGGAGCGCCCGGAGCGCGCGCUGCGAGGCGAAAACUUGCCAGACUGGGAAAAUUUCAACAGCAGAAGCUACAACACAGUCUCAUACAGCCCGAGAUGCUGCAGUGCAGACAGAACAGAGCAAAGAUGCUGUCCAAGACUUCCAGCAAGAAGUCCAAGUAGAUUACAUUGGGCUUCUGUCAUUCCUUCAGAGAGUGGAGGAUGCUGUUAUCAAAGAACUAAAUAAAAACUGGAAAAGUCAUGCCUUUGAUGGCUUUGAAGUGAACUGGACAGAUCAGGAUGAAACAGUGUUGUGUUUGCAUACAUUGUCAUACCCAGAGGCUCAGGAUCAAAACCUGCAGGUCACCAGUGUUUCAUGGAAUGCCACAGGAUCUGUCAUUGCAUGUUCCUAUGGCCGGUUGGACGAUGGGGACUGGAGCACAGAAAAAUCCUAUGUUUGUACCUGGAAUCUGGACAGAAGAGGGUUGAAUCCACAGCACCCUGACCUGGUGGUGGAUGUUCCCAGUUCUGUCAUGUGCCUGGCUUUCCAUCCCUCCCAGCCAUCACUGAUAGCUGGUGGCCUGUUCAGUGGGGAGUUGGUGGUGUGGGACACCAGCAGGACAGAAGACCCUGUGAUCUGGAGGACAGGGAUGACAGAUGACACCCACACUGACCCCGUCUAUCAGGUUAACUGGUUACCUGACUCCAAGCACAGAAACCACACGCGGCUGUUGAGUGUGGGCACAGAUGGGAAGAUCCUCGUGUGGAGGGAGGAGCGGGAUGGGCGGCUGGCCUUGGCUGAAGGAUUUGCCAUCGUGGCUCAGCAGAUCCCUCGCAGCACUCGGCUGAAGAAGGUGGCCUGGGGAGAGGCAGCCGUGGGAGUGACCUCGCUCUCCUUCUCACCCUUCGAUGCCGGUGUGUUCGUUGUGGGUGUGGAAGGCGGGUACUGCCUGCGGUGCUCCAGCGCGGCCCAGAGCCCGGCUCUGCCACGGCCGGGCGGCUCCGUUCCCCUCAGGGCGCCGGCAGAACUCGCCUUCUCCCCUCACGCUGGGCCCGUGUACUCCGUGAGCUGCUCACCCUUCCACAGGAACCUCUUUCUGAGCUGUGGAACCGACGGACAAGUUCACUUGCACUCCAUGUUGCAGACACAGCCCCUCUUUGCUCUACAGUUAUCAAAGAAGUACCUGUUCUGUGUAUGCUGGUCUCCAGUUCGACCACUGGUUUUUGCAGCUGCGUCUGGGGAAGGAGAGGUGCACCUGUUUGACCUGGCGAGGAGCACGCAGAAGCCCACAGUGUCCCUGAAGCAGUCUGUGGGUGACUGCCCUGUGUAUUGUUUGGAAUUCAACACCAAGCACACGCGGCUCCUGGCAGCAGGGGAUGCUGCUGGGACAGUCAAAGUCUGGCAGCUGAGCUCCAACUUCACUGAGCAGGGACCAAGGGAAAUGAGUCACCUGGAGCAGCUGGCAAGUGAGAUCAUGGACUGAGGGAGCAGCACAACAGCUGUGAGAAGCUUGUAACUGCCCUGACUCCAGGAUCAAUUCCCCACUCACCUGUUCCAGUGUUAGCCUGGAAAACACAGGUAACCAACGGCUGGAGUUGCCUUCACAUAGCAGUGAAAUCUGCAUUUAACCAUUAAACACAAGAUGAUGUGGUUC